AUGGGAAAAGUCGAAGACGAUGAUAUGGAUUACGAGGCCGCGAUGGAAGAUGAUGAAGCCUCGUUCGACGAAGAACCUAACUUUGGUGAAGAUGAAGAACUGAUAAGUUUAACCCUAACCCAACCGCGACCAAAAGCUAGGGGCGACGUUGUUGAGUCGCAUUCUCCUUUGAUGGUUGAAGCAGACACAACCCAAUUUUUUCGAACAGAAAUGGAAUUUCACAAUAAAGAGGAUGUUCUUUCGUAUGUUAGGAGAUGUGGCCGUAGGCAUGGAGUAGUUGUGGUUGUCAAACGAUCGGACUUGAACAAUCAGAAGAGAACUCCUAGGAUUUUAUUUGGGUGUGAGAGGGGUGGUGGAUACAGGGCAAAAGGUGUUCCAAAGAAGAGAAAAUCAGCAACAAAGAAAUGCCAAUGCCCCUUUUCUCUGAAAGCUCAAGUAACAGAUGCAUCAACUGGGACAUGGGGGUUGGUUGUUAUUAAUGGGAAGCACAACCAUGCUUUGGUCAAAGCUUUUGAAGGGCAUUCAUAUGUAGGUAGACUAACUGCAGAAGAGAAGGACACUGUUGAGAGGCUAAGUAGGUCAGGGGUGAAGGCAAGAGAAAUAUUGAAUCACCUAAAGCUGAAGGAUCCUACAAAUGCAACAACAAUCAAGACAGUCUACAAUGCCAGAACUGCUCUAAGGCUUGCUGAGACUGCUGGUAAGUCACAUAUGCAACAGUUGUUCACGUUAUUAACUGAGAAUGGGUAUGUUACAAGACAUCGUUAUGAACCAGAAACUGAGGUAUUACAAGACUUGUUUUGGUGUAACUCUACUUCAAUUCAACUGGCCAGAGCAUUUCCUUCUGUUUUUAUGUUAGACUGCACAUACAAGACCAACAAAUAUAGGCUACCUUUGCUGCAAAUUGUUGGAGUUACUUCUACAAAGAAGACAUUCUCUGUUUGUUUUUGCUAUAUGAGUGCAGAGAAAGAAGAAAAUUAUGUGUGGGCUUUGAAUUGCUUCAAAGACUUGUUUGAGACAGUAUUGGCAGGUGUUUUCAUAUGUGAUAGAGAGAUUGCAUUGAUGAAUGCAUUGAAGACUGUUUUUCCAAAUGCAAAGAAUAUGCUAUGUCGAGUACAUGUAUCUAAGAAUGUUCUUAGCAACUGUGUUGGUUUAUUCAAAAUUAAAGCUGAGUUUGAUGACUUUAUGAGCUGCUGGAGCACUGUCAUGCAUUCCAAAACAUUGGCAGAUUUUGAUAAGGCAGUGAAUGACAUGCAAAACAAGUUUAAAGCUCAUCCUAAAGCCCUGGCUUAUGUCAAUGAUUCAUGGUUGAGUAAAUACAGGUCAUACUUUGUGGCUGCCUGGGUUGAUCAGUUUUUUCAUCUUGGGAACACAACAACAAAUAGAGUUGAGAGCAGCCAUUCUAAGCUUAAGAAGUACCUGUCUAACUCGGUUGGUGGAUUUGUCCAGUCUUUUAGCAAGAUUAACUUGUUACUUCAAGGUCAAGUUGUUGAUAUAAAGGCCUCAUUUGAAGACAGUCUAACUAGAGUGCCAAUUCGAUUCAGGAUACCUUUCUACAAGGAAUUGGUGAAUGUGGUAUCUACUGCUGCCUUGGAGAAGAUUGAAACUGAAUGUUCUUCUAUUGGGAGUGAAGGAGUUAGUGUUGAUAACUGUCUCCAUGCAAAUUCUCAAUGUUUUGGUCUGCCAUGUGGUCAUAUGCUUACAAUUUACAGAAACGAAGGUAAGGCCAUCCCACUUAGUGACAUACAUCCAUAUUGGAGACAGUUGUGCAUCCAACCAUUCAGUCAAGACCCUAAAGAUGAAGUGAAGAUUGAUACUGAGAUGGAGAUGGUGUGGAGGACAUUUGCGCUUGCUACUGUGCCUCAAAAGCUAGAAAUAAAAAGACAGCUCCAGUCACUAGGCAAGGCAAGCAGCACUUCUAUAUUAGAGCCAAAACCUAAGGUGAAUGUGAGGGGGAGGAAGAAGGGGCAGAAGGGGUUGAAAGCAUCUCAAGCUGAUGAAAAAUCAACCAAGCGUGAUCCUUCAGCAUUUGAGCAUGCUGUUGUCGCAUCGUUCUACAUUUUCAAAAUUUUUGAUGUCCCUGGAGAUGGCCACUGUGGGUUCAGAGUUGUCGCAUCGUUCUAUGAUUGGGGUGACGAUGGUUGGAAAAUAGCUCGGAGAGAUCUUGCAAAUGAGCUUCGGAUGAAUGAAUGUCAAUAUGACAAGGUAUUAGCUCCUUUCUCAAGCACAUUUGAGCUGUUAUCCAGUGUUGAGUGUUUUUCCACUAUGGCAGAUAGAAAGAAUUGGAUGAUCAUGCCUUAUAUGGGAAAUGUGGUAGCUACCUGUUAUAAAGUUGUUGUUGCACUAAUUUCACAAGAACAGUGCCUCACAUUUUUCCCCCUCAGGGACCCACUGCCACUGGAUUAUAAGCAAGGGAUCAUGGUAUUCGGGUAUAUAAAUGACUCCCACUUCAUCAGACUUGAGUUAGCAGAAAAUAGUCCCAUACCUCCUGUUUCAAAGAUGUGGACAGAUCAUCAUCAAUCCAAUGCCAGAGGUUGGCCAAAAAUGUUUUCUUCUAGGAUCGAAAAAUUCAAGACACUUUCUGGGUGUAAACCAAGUAACAUAGCGACUGUGGAGUUGAUAGAUUGA